CCUGUUUUACUUAUUUAACUGGAGAAUGGAAAUGUAUGCCUAGCUGGAAAUGCCUGGGGAAAUUUUACAUCAGAGGAAAUGACAAUGAUUAAAAUCUGCUUUUUUCCUGCUCUAAAUAUAUUGAGCGACGUGACACUUGCUUGAUAUUGAAUAGCACUUAACCGUUACCCCCUGCAAACCAGAACGUUAAACCGUUACGGGGGCUGGUAUAUUUAUAUUUUUCACCGGAAAAUACGAAAAAACUAACAUUAAUUAUUAUAUCUGGUCAUAGACAUCAUUUUUGUAACAGGGAGAGUGUAUCACUUAUUCGUUUUUAAAAUCUGACUGGGUGCGAGUAGAGUUGAGCUAAUUGUAGCCUAAUCCUUGCCCCAGAGGCGUUUGGGCAGCCCGGAGCAAGAAUUCUUUUUUAGUGCUGCUCUGUUAUUUAGAGACAGGAUUAUUGUCUUUCUUUUCAUAACAGACCGGCAGUAUCAUUUAAGCAAAAAGGCACCCAAGAAGCUAAAAUACGAAGCAGGAUUUGACCGACUCAAAUUUUAAGUGCAUACAAAUAAGAACCGAAAAGAGAAAGGAGAGAUCUCUUCUAUGUAUAAGCGACCCGCCAUUUUUGCAGACAUGAUGGAUAUAUAUUUUUUCAUGAAACCACAUCCUAAUGAAGGAAGAAGCAUGUCACGACUGUCUUUGACCCGGUCCCCGGUAUCUCCUAUGUCCACACAAGGAAUCCCUCUACCGGCUCAACUGACAAAGUCGAAUGCUCCGGUUCACAUUGACGUCGGGGGACACAUGUAUACUAGUAGCCUGGCUACUCUCACCAAAUACCCAGACUCAAGAAUCAGCCGCCUGUUUAAUGGCACAGAGCCCAUCGUGCUGGACAGCUUGAAGCAGCACUACUUCAUCGACAGGGAUGGAGAAAUAUUCCGUUACAUUCUCAGCUUCCUCAGGACCUGCAAACUGCUUCUCCCAGAUGACUUCAAGGAGUUCCACCUGCUGUACGAGGAGGCUCGGUACUACCAGCUGUCCCCCAUGAUUAAGGAGCUGGAGCGUUGGAAGCAGGAGMGGGAGCAGCGCAGGAYGGCCCAGCCCUGUGACUGCCUGGUGGUGCGGGUGACGCCUGACCUAGGUGAGAGGAUCGCCCUUAGCGGGGAGAAGGUGCUCAUCGAGGAGAUCUUCCCCGAGACUGGAGACGUCAUGUGCAACUCGGUGAACGCCGGCUGGAACCAGGACCCCACGCACGUCAUCCGCUUCCCCCUCAAUGGUUACUGCAGGCUCAACUCUGUCCAGGUUCUAGAGCGUCUGUUCCAGAAGGGUUCAGUGUGGCAGGUCCUGCGCGGCGGGGUGGACUCCUCCCAGGUCAGCGAAGUACGCUGCAUUGUGCCGUGA